UUCAGCUCAUCCACCCCGCCAGCCAUUUCCCCGUCAGUGAUCCCUUGUAACGUCUUUGAUUGAAGCCCCUUUCCUUAGCAUUUCGAGCAUGGCUGCCACCUAGAUACUUCCGGGUCAUUUAACUCAGUUAGGAACCUUCCUAAGCAAACAACAACAAAAAACCUGUCCGACCGCAACCCUAGAUUUAAUGUAGGCGUACUGUGUCACUAAAUCGAACGAGUUUAGGCACCACUAUGAAUCAGUCUAUGACGCAGUGCCAUCUUCCGCCUUCCCACAAAGCAGGAAAUCCUUCUCUAUCUGGAUUAAUCUGAAAUACAAGAGGAUGGAAUCCAUUAAAACCGCCUCAACAGAUCAUGGUGUUCCAGAUUCAGGGGAGGAAGACGGGCAAUCAGCACAAGCUGCUGGUGAUGAGAAGCAUUUGUCCGAGCUUCGCUUGGUGCUGCUGGGUUGGAGAUGGCCAGGCAAAAGUUUAACCGGUAACACAAUCCUUGGUCGCGAGGAGUUCCGCUUGGAACGCGCCGCUGAGUUCUGUGUAAAACGCGAAGCGGCUGUGUGUGGUCGUCAGGUGAUGGUGGUGGACACGCCAGGCUGGUUCUCCUCUCAGACCCCCGUGGUCUAUCAGCAGGAAAUGGUGAGCGGAAUCUCCAUGUGCCCACCAGGACCUCAUGCGUUCUUGCUGGUCAUUCCUGUGGGGAUGUUCACAGAGGUGGACCGCGCCUGCAUCGAAGAGAACCUGGCGCUGCUGGGGGAGCGCGUGUGGAGGCAUACGCUGGUGGUGUUCACAUGGGCGGAGGUCUUGCGGGACAAACCAAUCGAGAGAUACAUCAGAAGAGAGGGCAAGGACCUCCAGUGGGUGGUGGACAAAUGCAACAAGAGGUACCAUGUCAUCAAUAACUAUAUUUUUGGAGAACACCCUCAACUUCCCGCUCUUAUCAAGAAAAUUGAGAAGAUGGUGGCUGAGGAAGGUGGACACUACGUACCAGACGCAAUGGAAAAAUUACAGCAGACUUUAAGCCAUAACCAACCUCAAACCAAUAACCAAGAUGACAACCAAAACCAACAUUCUAGCAAAGACUUGGGUGCCAGACCAAAACGAAACUGCUCCUUUGGGUCCAGUAAGAGCAUGGAUGUAGACACUACACCGAGAGAUCAGGAGGUAAUGAUGGCGACAACUGAUGGAGUUGAAGGAACUGAAAUGUGACGCCAUGGUUGCUGUAUUUCUGUUGGACAGGCAUCUCCAAUCCGCUUAAUUAGUGGCCGCUGCUGAGACUGAAGUGGAAGAGCAAAGAGGGAAAGCUCCUGAAUCUCCACAACCGUCACACCUUCCCAAACCUGUUUGAAUGUUUUAACAGAGAAAUAUAUAUAGGUUAAUGGAAGUAGGUAUUGUCAUUGAUAUUUAAAUAAUAUGUUAAAAGACAAUGAAAGGAUGGCAAAUGAAACCGAAAACACUUGAGUUCUUGUUGACAUAUUGUAUAAUUAUUUUUGUAUAUAUGUGUGCAGAAUGUAAAACUAGUUAUUUAAUUAAUAAAAUUAUGAAUUCAUGUCUGUCUGACUCACACACACACACACACACUAUACAGAAGAAAUGAGUAAACCCUUGUUCAGUUUCACCUAAAUGUCAAAUGAAAUAAAAAAAAAGUUGAACAGUAGUAUAUUUGCUCUUAUGGAAAAUAAAAACUGACAGUUUACAUUUACUAUUUUAAAAACGCAGGCCCCAUAGUAAGAACUUAAUGCAACAAAAGUCGGUGCACCUUUCAUUACUAAGAUUCAAGUAUGUCCACCUUUUAUUUUCUUCAGAAACUGUGUUUUUGAUCUGCUCUUUGCUUGAGGUAUUUUUGCUCUACCUUUCUCUUUAAAUCCCCCCAAAGGUGUUCUAUUGGAUUCAAGUCAGGCAACAUAUUUUUCCAGGCCAUAGUUUUCACUUUUUUCUUUAUAAACUCUUGUGCGAUUGUGUGUACUUUGAAUUGUCCUCAUGCUGGAAUAUUCCUCUUCUGCCACGAUUUUGGAGCAUGGGAGUCAUCUGGUCAGCUGGUAUUUUGGUAUAUCCACAGGCUUUCAUGGUGCCACCCAAACUUCUCCCCCAACACCUUUUGAAGCCCCAUGUCAUCACACUCCUAUUUCCAUGCUUCAUUGUCGUGAUUAUGCAUUCGCUGUGGUAGUCCUGGAAAGGUUAACAGCAAACAUGCUGGACCCCAUCUGAGCCGAACAAAUUGAGUUAGUGUGCACAGCAACUUAAAUUAUUUUUCUAGCUGUCUGAUGCUGCCUCGUCUGUCUUGUUGUUUUUGUGACAAUGACAAUAAAGUACUUUGAACUUGAA